UGUCCCUUGAGGACUUCCUCUGCUCUCCGGCCCAUUGUAUGCAAAACCCUGCAAUGUCCUCAGCUAAGCAAUCAGCAAUCAGCAAUCAGCGGCUACAAGAACAGCAACAAUUUCAUCCCAGAUUCCAGUGAGCUGUGAUUCCCAUUUUCGCAGGAAUCCAAUUCACUGAAAUCUUGCUGAUUAAAGAAAAACCAAUCUUGAAAUAGUAAAAAAAAAAAUUAGUAGGAGAAGCUGCCUCCUCAUGGCUCCAGCUCCUUCCAAGCUCUAUGCUGAUGAUGUUAGCCUUGUGGUGGUUUUGCUAGACACUAACCCAUUUUUUUGGAGCUCCUCUUCUCUCUCUUUCUCUCAGUUUCUUUCUCAUGUUCUUGCAUUUUUUAAUGCAAUAUUGACUCUUAAUCAACUAAACCAAGUCGUGGUUAUUGCUACUGGAUAUAACUCUUGUGACUAUAUCUUUGAUUCGUCUUCGGAUUUGAACCGGAGUUUUGAGAAUGGCAGAAUGCCUGUUAUGUGCUCCAGCUUGUUGCAAAAGUUGGAGGAAUUUCUUAUUAAAGACGAGCAGUUUAGCAAGGAGGAACCUGACGGAAGGAUUAAGUCUUCCCUCUUGUCAGGAUCAUUGUCAAUGGCUCUUUGUUAUAUACAGAGAGUGUUUCGCUCAGGAGCCCUGCAUCCUCAUCCUCGAAUCUUAUGCUUGCAGGGAUCACCAGAUGGACCUGAACAGUAUGUUAUUUUUUAUAUUCUCUGUUGUUUACACUUUUCCGUUCUGACUUUAGAUUUAAAGAAAGACUUUCUUCUGUUCAGAUAUGUUGCAAUCAUGAAUGCGAUAUUCUCUGCCCAACACUCUCUGGUUCCUAUAGAUUCUUGUUACAUAGGUGCUCAGAAUUCUGCCUUCCUGCAGCAGGCUUCUUACAUAACUGGUGGUGUACAUCAUAAGCCUCAAAAUUUGGAUGGGCUGUUUCAAUAUCUCAUGACUAUUUUUGCUACUGACUUGCAUUCUCGCAGUUUCUUAAAUCUUCCAAAGCCUGUCGGGGUAGAUUUCCGUGCCUCAUGUUUUUGCCAUAAAGAUACGAUUGACAUGGGCUACAUAUGUUCCGUUUGUUUGUCAAUUUUCUGCAAGCAUCAUAAGAAAUGUUCGACCUGUGGGUCAGUAUUUGGUCAGGCUCAAUCUGAGGUGGCUUCAGCAUCUGACAAAAAGAGAAAGACUCCAGAAACAUGAACUUAAGGAGGGUACAAAAGUUUUAUCGUCUAAUUUUUGUGCCGUGCUCAUGGCAAAAGAGGUGGACAACAUCGAGGGAUUGCAGACCAGAGAUUCUGCUCCUCCUACCAUGAAUUCCCCUGCUAACCUUCAGAAGAGCUGGAUAGGUUUGAGUUAAGAUUCUAAUAAAUACAAUGGGGCAUAACUUCUUUCCCCUUGUAUCUGAUAUUCCUCCACCAAACAGUUGAAGCUGAAUUAGCAGAAAGGAUGCUUUAUUAUUUGUAUUAACAUUUACUUGUGUUAUAUCUGCAGUUUUAGGGCCCUGUUCAAAUUUUAUUUUAUAAGUAUUCUAUGUGGCAAUCAUACUACCUGUUUAGUUUUGGCAAAUGCUUAUCUUUUUUUUUUUUUUUUGUUCUUCGUUACAAAGGAAAGAAAGAGGUCAAGACAUUAUAAAAUCUCAAGAGAAAGCCUCUUCUCGUACAUUUAUUGUAAGAAGCUCACCAAUAAAACUCGGAAUGAAAAAAUUAUGGAAAUUAGAAUUCAUUUCCCUUGGCAUUGACCAUUUCAGGUCAAUUACUUAAAGUGCACACAAAUGUACGUGAUUUUUCAGGCAGUAGCCACGGUAGGUGCUGAUAAAUGUUUAUACAAGGGAAUUGCAUUUCCAGUCUUUGUCAGUUUCUCUAUUUUCAUUCUUAUGAGAGCCAUCCAGGUGGUCCUCUUCGUAAAUUUAUACGAUUUCCC